GUCAUCAAUAAGCGCCAUCACGGAACAGCCCCACGACCUUUCAUGCUGCUUGUGACUAUCAGCCGGAUUCUGUUUAUUUAUUGUGUAUUUAAAAUGAUUUAAGAGUAAAUAAGGUGUUUGUGUGACUGUGUGAGACAACGGAGCGGACAUGUUUCGGUGCUCUGUGGUGUUUUGUGGAAGAGGAGCCGCUAAAAGGUUCGCCUCGUCGUUCUCCAGUCAGAACGCUCUGCCUCCAAAUCUACUGCUGCCCACCAACCUGGUGGAUCCGGGCCGAUUAAAGCGGGGUCCUCCCCCUGCAGACUCCCCCCUUCCUCUCCUCAGGAGGUGUGAUGCUGCGGUUCCUGCUCACCUGACCCCCCUGCAGACGUGGGUGGACACCCUGGAGAGUCGGGACGGAGAGCCGCUGGGUUUGACUCAGCUCCACCCGGACGUCUUCGCCGUGCCUCCGAGGCUCGAUAUUCUCCACCAGGUUGAAACGUGGCAGAGAAACUUUAAAAGAGUCAGCCACGCACACACAAAGGUGAGGGGGGAGGUCAGAGGGGGAGGAAAGAAGCCGUGGAACCAGAAGGGAAGUGGAAGAGCUCGACACGGCAUCCGGUCCCCACUAUGGAGAGGAGGGGGGGUCUCUAACGGACCCAGAGGGCCGACCAGUUAUUUCUACAUGUUACCCAUGAAGGUCCGAGUGCAGGGACUCAAAGUGGCUCUGAGCUCCAAGAUGGCUCAGGAGUACCUGUAUGUAGUGGACUCCCUGAACAUCCCCUCCCCCGACCCUCAGUACCUGCUGGACCUGAUCAAACAGAAACACUGGGGACAGUCGGUGUUGAUAGUGGACAUAGGGGACGACUUCUCUGAGAACAUCCUGCAGGCCACGGCCAACCUGAAGACAGUCAACAUUAUUCCUGCUGUCGGUCUGAACGUGCACAGCAUGCUGAAACACGAGGCCCUCGUCCUGACUCUGGACACCGUCCGGUUCCUGGAGGGGAAGCUGCUCUGGCACGACGAGCGCUUCAGCGCCCUGUACCCGUUCUCCCUGCCGUACUCCGAUCUCCCGUGAGACACCACAUCACCACACUGCAGUGUUUUCUUCAUGUGUUUAUUAUGUCCAACAAUAAAUAAUGCCAAUUGUAAUAAAAAAAGCUGUAUUUAAAAAGAGUG